AUGAUGAGUGUCGCCAUAUUGAGGCGGAGCGGGCUGAGAAAACCUUCCAACAUUCUACUCUUCGGCCUGGUCAUAGCGGACAGCAUGCUUCAGUUGAUGACCAUUAAUUUCUCAGAGAUUCUGGAAUACUUUGGCCCCGACAUAAAGUAUCCCGAUCUAUGUGGGUGGCAGUACGACGUAGGAGUCAACUACUUUCUUGUAGCCUGUGCUAUCGCGUUCUAUUUCAUCAGUACCUGGGGUCAGUACGCUAACACUACAAUCCCUAUGGUCAUAACCCUAGAAAGGCUGCUAGCGGUCUACAUGCCAAUGACCUUUAAAAAGUUUGUAACGCCAAGAACAGCCAAAAUUAGCGUGAUGUUCUCAUUCAUCGUUUGGCUGCCCUGGUCAGUGUACUACUUGACCGUCUUCAAUGUCCAAGUCCAGCGCUCAGAGGUCAUGGACUUCACCUCAGAUGCCCUUCACAUUGAGGACCUUGACGUCUACAACAUCUUCUACUACUACGUCAGCGACAUUCUCUCCUCCUGGGUGCCCAUCUCUUUCGUCAGCAUCGGCUGUCUGUUUAUAGCCUUUAAGGUCAGGAGGACUUUGCAAGAACGCAAAAAGCUGACGGCCAAGCAGGAGAGUGUGAAAUGGUCAGGGAGGACCACGGUGACCCUCCUGACCACAUGCGCCGUCUUCUCCCUUACCCACGUCAUCUACUCCUUCGGGAACUAUUUCACGCAAGACUCACCCUCGGCGACGUACUACCUCCAGUGGCAGCUGUUGAACACUGCCCUUCUACUCAACGCCUCCAGCAACUUCUUUGUCUACAUCGCCACGAACAAACGACAGUUUAUUAUUUUUAAGCAAAUAGUUUCUCGAGAGCCUUCCAAAGCAUCUGGAGGAGGGGAGAUUAGUUUACUAUUUCAACGAUCGGUCAACUAUUAA